AUGGUAAGUGAAAAUUUUCUAAUUUAUCAGAAUUUUGAUUUAGCAUUCCCAACAAAAGAAAAGUUAGAACGCACUCACAAGACUAAAAAUUUAUAUGCUGUUCCCACUGGAUAUUUUAUGCAAGUGCUUUGUGAAGGAUGCAAAGGAGUUACAUUAUGUUAUUCUCAUUCACAACGAAAUAUGAAUUGCAAAGGCUGUGGAGAUCCUAUAUUAAAGAGUACCGGAGGUAAAGCUGUUUUGGUUGGAGAUUGUGCCUUUAAAAAGCUAGAUUAUAAUUUCGAAUAA